GACAACAGGAAACCCCCUCAUCCUAUCAAACCUCCAAUCCUUCAGCAACAAAUCAUAAUGGAAGUCGCCGGGCUUGUCGUCGGCAUCGUUGGUCUUUACUCGGCCUGUAGCACCUGCUACAAAGUCUUCACGGAUGUCAAGGGCGCGGGUCGCGAUGCCGAUCUUACGGCACAUCGACUGCGGAUUCAAGAAUCGGUUCUCCGAGCAUGGAUGUGGCACUGGGAUGUCAGAUCAGACUCGGGGCUCCAAGAAGCCGAAGCGGCCGAGACGAAGUUGGGUCGUUACCUGAAGAAGAAUCCACAUGCGGCACAUGGCAUCGCCGGCGUCUUGUAUUGUGUUGGCGAGAUACUGUCGGAUCGGAAGAAGCUGCACGAUGACUAUGGGCUGAGUGUGGAGCUAAACGACGAGAGUCAAUUGCCGGUAGUACUAGCCUACACCGAGCCGACCCGCAACCUCACGGCGCUGAAGACGGAAAUGAAGGAAAAAUCCAAGGCGAUUCUUGGACGCGUCAGAGACAAGCAUAGAAUCACUUGGGCACUGAGGGAUGGCAAGAAGUUCAAAGACCUGAUUGCACUACUCGUCGAGUACAACAACUCACUGUACCAACUCGGCCCGCAGUCGGUCCGUGAUGAACUUCCAGUCAAUCUGGUAGCGACGUACUUGCGAGAUCACCCCGUACCUGAUCCGUCACGCCAACAAAAUCCAGAAGCGUCUGUACUGGAGGGGGAACAAGACACAGAACAGCUUGGCCUUCCCCGACAAAAUCCAGAGCAGUUCACUCCAUUCCAACAAAACGUGGAAGAGCCAAGACUGCCCCAAGAGACCGCCCAACAUCUUGAUCCGGCAUGCCGAGAGAACAUGGAUGAACCAAGCGAAAUGAAUCCUUCACCCAUACAGCUCGCCAUGGAGACCCUGGACGACUUCCUCAACCUGCGGGAAGAAAUCACCCGCACAAGGACCAAGGGACCUUUAACUCUCGUCCAAGAGAAGGAGCUGCUUUCCAUCAGGGCAAACGAGCUAAAAACUCACCCCAAAGCCGAGAAGACGGCAGUUUAUCAACGGCUGAAUGAAACUGUCUUCCUUGAGCGGAUUGGGUAUAUCGAUUUCAACCAGAAGGAUCGUCAACGAGUUCGGACCAGCAUCAUUAAGCUUGGACAACUGCUUCAUCUCCCCGUCUUUCGUCGCCACCUCCAUGCGCUGGAGUUUCUGGGCCUAGUCGAAUUCCCUAACAAAAUGGAAAUCGGGUUUGUUUACCAUCUUCCAAACUCGUUGGGUCAGCCGCAGCCAAGCUAUCCCGUCCAUGAUCUGAGGAUCCGGGAACCGAUAAGUAUGUUUGAGUUGCUAAAAAGCUGGACACACUCGCCGGCACUUGGGCUGUGGUUUGAUCUGGCGCGGGAGUUGGUGCGCAGCGUUGCCUUUCUGCAUGCAAGCGGGUGGCUGCACAAGAAUAUCCGGAGCAGCACGCUGUACCUUUUUCCCAAGUCCGGCCCGGAGCUGGGGCGCAAAUCGGAACACAUCGACAUGGAGAAUCCUUUCCUCAUCGGCCAUAUCAAGGGCGAUGACAAGACCCCUGUAAAGGGUCGCAUCACAAACGACAUCUACCAACACCCCUUCAAGCGUACAUACCCCUACAGCCGCUAUUGUUACGCCUUCGACGUCUAUUCUCUGGGCGUUACCCUACUCGAGAUUGGUUUGUGGAUGCGGGUAGACCGUGUCUGGAAAAAAUACAAAGGCAAAGAUAGGGACAAUAAUUACUUCCAGGUGAGACGGAAGCUGAUUCGAGCCGCAAGAGAGGCGCUGCCACCAGUCUGUGGCGACUUGUACACACAAGUCACAGUCUCGUGUCUGAGUGUUGAGCGGGGAGACUCUCAGCGGGCCGAAGAGGCAGAGCAUCAGGAGCUUUGUGCGAGGAUCGCGGCGGAGCUUGCGCAGUGUCGGGUCUGA